UCCAGAUCUCAUUGUUUUCUAUCAUCUUCCCCACUCUCUCUCUAAAAAAUUUUCCGAGAGAAAGAAACUGCACCAUGGCGGCUACUUCAAUAUCAAGUCUAUUAUCAACACCAAAUCUAAAGAAAAACCCAUCACUCUCAUGGAAGGUGUCUACCCCAUCAGCUUUUACAUCUUUUCUUCCACAACAAAGAACAAGAAAGUUAGAAAAAAUGUUUGUUGUAAUGGCUAUGGAUGCAAAACCAACAGUUCUUGUUGCAGAAAAGUUGGGUGCAGCAGGGCUUGAACUAUUGAAAGAUUUUGCUAAUGUUGAUUGUUCAUAUAACCUGACUCAAGAAGAACUUUGUACUAAGAUAUCUCUUUGUGAUGCCCUAAUUGUUCGUAGUGGUACUAAAGUUAGUCGUGAAGUUUUUGAAUCAUCUGGUGGUAGAUUAAAGGUUGUUGGAAGAGCCGGUGUAGGUAUUGAUAAUGUUGAUUUAUCUGCUGCGACUGAACAUGGUUGUUUAGUUGUUAACGCACCUACUGCUAAUACUGUUGCGGCUGCUGAACAUGGGAUUGCUCUUCUUACAUCCAUGGCUAGGAAUGUUGCUCAAGCUGAUGCUUCUGUCAAAGCAGGGAAGUGGCUAAGGAACAAGUAUGUUGGAGUGUCACUUGUUGGGAAAACACUUGCUGUGAUGGGAUUUGGGAAGGUUGGUUCAGAAGUUGCGCGUCGUGCCAAGGGUCUUGGUAUGCAUGUGAUUGCUCACGAUCCAUAUGCCCCUGCUGACCGUGCUCGUGCAGUAGGUGUAGACUUGGUUUCUUUUGAUGAAGCCCUAGCAACUGCAGAUUUCAUCUCCCUGCACAUGCCUCUUACCCCUGCUACAUCUAAGGUCCUGAAUGACGAAACUUUUGCAAAAAUGAAGAAAGGAGUUCGAAUCAUAAAUGUUGCCCGUGGUGGUGUUAUUGAUGAAGAAGCUCUUGUCAGGGCACUCAAUGCUGGAAUUGUUGCACAGGCAGCACUUGAUGUCUUCACCGUCGAGCCACCUUCAAAAGACAGCCCACUGAUACAACAUGAAAAUGUAACCGCAACUCCACAUCUUGGAGCCAGUACCAUGGAAGCCCAAGAAGGUGUGGCCAUUGAAAUUGCUGAAGCUGUAGUUGGAGCUUUGAAAGGAGAACUUGCCGCCACUGCAGUCAAUGCUCCCAUGGUUCCCGCUGAGGUUCUUUCAGAGCUUGCACCAUAUGUUGUGCUGGCAGAGAAGCUUGGCCGUCUCGCUGUGCAGUUGGUUGCAGGUGGAAGUGGUGUUAAAUCGGUGAAGGUGACUUACGCCUCCGCCAGAGCUCCUGAUGAUCUAGACACUAGACUACUUCGUGCCAUGAUCAUCAAGGGAGUGAUUGAGCCUAUCUCGAGUGUGUUUGUGAAUUUAGUGAAUGCUGAUUUCACCGCCAAACAGAGAGGCUUGAGAAUCACAGAAGAGCGAAUCCUUCUUGAUGGUUCACCUGAAAAUCCACUCGAAUACAUCCAGGUUCAGAUUGCCAACGUGGAGUCGAAAUUUGCGAGUGCCAUGUCAGAUAGUGGAGAAAUUAAAGUUGAAGGAAUGGUGAAAGAUGGGAUACCACAUUUCACCAAGGUGGGAUCAUUCGAAGUCGAUGUGAGUAUGGAAGGAAGUCUUAUACUUUGCAGGCAAGUUGAUCAACCAGGUAUGAUCGGAACUGUUGGGAGCAUCCUUGGGGAUUCAAACGUCAACGUCAGUUUCAUGAGUGUUGGUAGGGUUGCACCCCGAAAACAUGCCGUAAUGGCUAUUGGUGUUGAUGAUCAACCUAGCAAGGAAACCCUAAAGAAAAUCGGCGACAUCCCAGCUAUUGAAGAAUUUGUUUACCUCAAGUUAUAGAUGGUUUAAAUUUUUGCAGUGUUGUCAUUUGGUUCUUGAUUAAUUGCUCAAUUUUGGAGUUGUUUCAAAAACGUUCAAGAUAAAGUAGUGUUGUGGAGUAGUAGUAGUAGUGUUUUGAAGUAGAUAAAAGUACUAGCUAUCAAGUAAAGAGAUUUGGGGUCAAGUUUUUAUAGCACUGCCAUCAACUAAAGAUUAAUAUGACCCCUGCAAUUAUGUUUUAGCA